GGAAAGAUUUCAGAUCAUGAGAUGUCGAGAACAUUCAACUGUGGUCUCGGAGCAGUUCUCAUUGUGGGGCAGGGAGAUGUACAAGAUGUCUUAACCAUUCUCUCAGACAAUGGAGGUCGGCCUGGUAUUGUAGGCACCGUUGUCAAAGUUCAAGAUGAUGCAGAGUUGGUGCAGAUUGAUCAUCUGACAUCUUCCCUGCAUGCAAGCUGGACGAGGCCUAAACUUGUAGAGCACAGGAAAAGGGUUGCAGUUCUAAUCUCAGGGUCAGGCACAAAUCUGCAAGCCCUCAUCGAUCACACUCAGGAUAAGUCAAAACGCUCUGCGGCAGAAAUUGUCCUGGUUAUCUCUAAUGUUCCAGAUGUGCCUGGUUUGACUAGAGCACAGAAAGCAGGCAUUAAAACAGUGGUAAUUGAUCACAAAGGUUACAAGUCAAGAGCAGAAUUUGAUGCAGCAGUUCAUGAAGCUCUGGUGCAGCAUGGGAUAGAGUUAGUUUGCCUGGCUGGAUUCAUGAGAAUUCUCACAGGAGAAUUUGUCAAUAAGUGGACCGGUCGAAUGCUGAACAUUCAUCCAUCCCUGCUUCCGUCUUUCAAGGGAGCCCAUGCCCAGCAACUGGCAAUAGAAGCUCGAGUACGAAUCUCUGGCUGCACGGUUCACUUUGUUGCUGAGGAAGUGGAUGCCGGUGCUAUUAUUGUACAGGAGAGUGUGCCAGUGUAUCCAGGGGACACGAGAGACAUGCUGGCUGAACGGAUCAAGACUGCUGAACAUGUGGCCUUCCCUGCUGCCCUAGAGAUGGUGGCUAGUGAGCGAGUCCAGCUAGGACCUGAUGGGAAACUGGUGUGGAACUGGUAG